AUGGCGUACAUAGAAUUAGAAGACCUAUGGAGAAAAAUCAGUACACAUACAAGCAAGUCUCUGUUAAAGAAACAUUUAUCUGAAAAGAAAUACAUACAUUUAAAGAAGCUUUCAACGAAAUAUGGAACAACAUUAGCUGAUGUUAUACGCUCAGGUUGUAAAAAUCUGGACAGCAAAGUUGGAGUGUACGCCUGUGAUCCCGAAGGUUAUAAAGUGUUUAAAGAUCUCUUUAAUCCAAUCAUAUGCGAUUUUCAUAGAGUAAACGAAGUCAACCACCCUAAGUGUGAUUACGGCGACCUGACCAACCUUAAGUUUAGGGAACUCGACGAGGCAGGGGAUUUUAUCAUUUCAACUCGUGUUCGCAUCGGACGUUGUCAUAAGGGAUUUCCAUAUCCACCUUUAUUAACAAAUGUGCAAAGAAAAGAAAUGGAAGUUAUGACAUUAAAAGCAUUGAAUACACUCGAAGGAGAUUUAAAAGGUGCAUACCACUCACUGGAAACAAUGCCCAGAAAUGAAUAUCAACAACUUGUGGACGAUCAUAUAAUGUUCAGAGAUGAUAACCAUACACUAAGUGAUGCUGGAGGAUAUGACGGAUGGCCAGUAGGGCGAGGUGUAUAUUUGAAUAACAACAGAACUUUCAUUGUAUGGGUAAACGAAGGUGAUCAUCUGCGAUUUAUUUCAAUGGAAAAAGGAAGUGACCUAUCUUCUGUAUAUAAAAGGUUAAUCUAUGCUUUACAACAAGUUGAAAUGAAAGUGGAAUUUGCUUAUGACAAUAAAAGAGGUUUUCUUUCAAAUUGUCCAUCAAACCUUGGAACAUGUUUGAGAGCCAGUGUUCAUCUCAAAAUUCCGAAAUUGGAAAGAUAUAAAGAAAUAUUAAAUGAAAUAUGCGACAGACACAAUCUGCAACUUAGAGGUGUGAAUGGCGAACAUACUGAAAGUGCUGAAGCUGUUUACGAUGUAUCAAAUAAACGACGCCUUGGGCUAUCUGAAUAUCAAGCUGUUUGUGAAAUGUACAAUGGUGUAGAGGAACUAAUAAAAACCGAACAACAGUUGGAAGAAAAUAAUGGGAGAUUUAUGUUUGACUAA